AGCGUUAGAUACCCGGGCGUGAAGCAAACAAGUGGAAGUGUGCGUUGAAUCGUGUGCGAGAGGAGAGGUCUUCUGUGAUCGUUCAGCUGUGGAUAACCUCGAAUGCCGCUGCGAAGAACGGGAAGGUCGACAUUGUUGAUGGUAUCGGGAUUGACAUGGAAGUUGACAAUGAGGUCCACAGUGACAUUGAAGCUCGACAACUCCUGUCCUGCACUUCCAGGUUCAGGUCGUCCUCCAAGUCGCAAGUCCAUUUUCCAUGAAGUCCACUAUUUGCUAAGCCAAACCUAUCGAACCACCGAGAGACGCCAAUAUCUAGCAGGCGCCCCGGGAUCCGACUCCUUGGCCUUCUUCAUGGCCUCUUCGAAGGUGGCACGUCAAAGUGAGGGCGACCAGAAAACACACGAAUGCUGGCGUAGGGUUGGCAUGGGAGAGAAGCUUCGCCAGGCGACGCUGGAAUUGUUGAACGGAUUAAUCUGUACAUGGUCCUCUCGGUGUCGGUCAUGUAGUCGCUAAUGAGUUCUGAGGCGAGAAGAAAAACAUCCAGUUAGGUUGGUUCACACGAGAAAAUUGAGGAGACAACAAGGUGUCCGCGA